AUGUUGCUAAGUUCCAUUUCCAGCACCAAGAAGUUCUUUCAAAAGACUAUAAAGAACUUCAAGUCUUUCUUCUCCCCCGGUUAUCAAAGGCUUCCCAAAGCUUCUCCACAUUCUGUAUCAAGUGCCAUGGACAUGACCAGUAACACAAGUUAUCAAGACAUGGAGAAAUUGUACACUGACUUCUCAGACCAAUGGGAGUCAGAAACUGAGAAAGCAAGGAGAAGAAUCAAGAAGAAAGCUGUAUCUAGGUUGCCAUCAAAGCAAGAAAGUGAAGUCUAUAGUGGAAGCUACAUUAGCUUGUCCAAUGCAAGCCAUGCUCAGAAGAAGAACAAGGUGGGGAAAAAAGAGGAAGAUGAUGGAAACAACCAAAACAACAAGAGGAUCUUAACUCUUGAAAAGGGAAGGCAUCAGAAAGAGUCGUCAUUCAUGUCUAUGUGUAUGAAAGAGCACAGAUACUGCAUGGUGGAACAGAAACUGAGGGAGUUGGAGAUGUUGGACAUGAGCAACGUUGAAUAUAUAUUGGACAUUGAAGAGGUUCUUCAUUAUUAUUCUAGACUCACUUGUCCUGCAUAUCUUGAUAUUGUGGAUAAAUUCUUCUUGGAAAUGUACUCAGAGUUGUUUGGUCCAUCUAUGAGGCAUGCUUCACCUUGCAGUGUUAACUCUAGGAACAAGCUAAGAUAUCAGUGA